AUGCAUCAUCAUUUCGAAAAUCCAAGAAAACGUAGUGAAUUACGUGCAUUUGUCAAAGAUUCGAAUGUCGAAGAGCUUAUACAAUUAGUACAUAACAAUAUUUGUAAAUCGGAUGCUACAAAAAUACUAGAUAAUCUUUUGCAAGCAUUUUCCGAUUCUGACGCCUGUCAGUUGAAACGGCGGAAACUUAUCGAAUCUACCAUAAAAAGUUUGGAAAAGAGUAAAAUAUCUACCGAGCAAGCGAAUGCAGUCAUUAAUCGGAUAAUUUCUGACUUUCCAAGAUAUUCAAAGCAACAUCUUGUCAAACUUGUUGAUUUUUGUAUUACAAAUAUUCGCAAUGAUGAUGACAAAUUACACAGUUGGAAAGAAUUAUUGCCAGCACUAUUUGAAACACUGGAAAAUGAAAAGUAUCUCGUUUACGCAAAUACCCAAGUUUCCGGAAGCGAAUAUAAAUCAUUAAUUGUUAAAGCUAUAUGUAAUGACCAAUGGAAUGUCAAUCUCUUACCAUCUUUAACCAAAAUGUUUGGAGAUAUGAUAUUAGACAAGACAGAUCGCAAUGAAGUUUUGAAGUCAUUAUGUUCUGCUCUUUUGAACCUAUCUUUAGAUCAAGUACCUUCAUUUACAUAUCAAGCAUUAAAAUUAUGCAAAGAACGAGAUAAUCAGAAACUAUUGGAUGCUUUAUCCAAAUAUUUUGAAUUAUGUUAUUCAAAAACAAUUUUAACUAGUGACAAGAAUAGUUUUGAAGACAUAGAUAUAGUUAAUAUAAAAGAGGUACAAGACAUUGAGAGCACUGUUUUAUAUCAUGUCUAUCAAGCUACUCAGUUAAAUCAUGAAAGUAUAAAAGAUUUCAUUCGUUUUCUUAAACAUGUAUCUUAUGCCUCAGAAUAUAUGCUACAAUCAUUUAUGCUCUCUGUAUUGAUGUCAGUUUCUGAUAUAUAUGAAGAUCAGAUCUUUGAGACACUAAGAGUUGCUAUCAUUCACAAUAAUUUAGGAAAAGAAAAACGACAAAGUAGUGCAUGGUUGAGACAACUUAUACCUUCUCCUUGCAAUAUAAUUGGUAUUAUUCAACAAGUUAUUGAGAGCAGCAAUAAAGAUCGUCAUUUAGUAUUAAAAGGUCUCACCAAUUUAGCUUUUACAUUAAUGAAUAUUGAUCAAAAAUCAAAAAAUAAUGUGACAGAUAUGUGCAAUAUGGGAUCUGAAAUAAUACAAGAAAUAAUUAAAAAACGCCAUGAAACAGUUCCUUUCGUGUUGCAAGAAUUGAUUAAUAAAAUAGUAGCAGCAAGUGCAUCAGCAACGCAUUAUACAAACUGUUUGAGACUUAUGUGUCGUGAAUUAUCAAUGAUUGUUUUGGAUCACCAAGUCUACAUUAUGACAAUUCUUGAACAAUUACUAUUCUUGCACUGUACAGUUGCUAAUCAAGUUUUGUAUGCCAUUCUUCCAUUGGUGCACAUUUCAUCCAAUAUACGAGAAAAUCUUUUUUUAACUUUGAGAAAAGCUCUUUAUAGGAAAGGUGUAUUAAAGCGACAGAUAGCUGUCUCAGGGUUUCUUGAAAUGUUGAAAAUGCAACCUCGGGGUAGCUUCAGAUUUAGCCAAAGUUGUAAUUCUUCUAGGCAUACGAUUAGCUCUGGUUCUAAAGCAAUAGUAACUCAGGUAACUUUAGAGUAUACCUCCCAACAAGAAAAACUGAAUACAGAACUCGAUAAAACUUUAUGCUACGAAAUAGUGGAUAUAUUAAAAAAAUGCUUUACUUACGAAUUCGAAGUCAAAUUACAUUUCUAUGAAGGUCUGUACCAUACUGUGACCAAAAAUCCGGAAAUAACAGAAAUUCUACUGGAUAUGCUUCUUUCACAUUUGAAUAUUUACCUUAACAUAGAUGAUAGUAUAUUACCUCCUGUAAAAUUGGAAUUAUGUACAGAUAUUCACGGUGCAGAGGUAGUUUUACAGGAACCUAUCGCACAAUUGAUAUUUGUAUUACAAAAAAUAUAUAUUAAUACAGUUGUAAAAGAUUCAAAUACUUUCAUAAAAUUACAUGAUGUUUUGGAGUCACUAUGUAGAAAAAUGGCAGCUACUGAAUUGGAACAUUUACAUCUGGAACAUGGAAUUGACAUAUUACACGGAGAUUUUCCGAAAUCUCAAAUAAGGAUAAAAAACCUUCAUAUGGCUAUUGCAAUAUAUGAGGCUCUCAUAGCGUUUCGAAUCGGGGAAUGGUCGAAAGGAAAUGAAGAUAACUUCCAUAAUAUUGAUGAUUUGUUCAAAGGAUAUACACGUUUGAUAGAUUUCAUUAAAUCGCAAUCCAUAAAAAUUAAAAAAGUCGAUAAUGGUAAAGCCAGAAAAGAUAAGGAUGUAAAUAAAACGAACAAGAAGAUUAUUAAAUUAAAUAACAUUAGAAUACCAGACACUAUUAUGGAUUUGGAUGUGAUUCGUCAAAGUUUAUCCCUUUUAUUUUCACAAUCUUCUAUCCAAAACGAAAUUGCACUACGAAAAAAUCAUAAUUUAAGUUGCUACAUAUUACAAACAUGUGAAUGCCUUUUACAACGUAUAAGAUUAUUUACGAAGGAUAUUUCUCAACCGCAAAAUCGUCAAUAUUUACUUACAUAUAUUGAUAUUGGGAGAUUAUUUUAUAAAUAUUUAGUGCAAAAUUUGAACGAUGCACUUACAAAUAACGAACAGAUAAUUAUAUUGGCCUUGCAAUGUUUCAAAGAAAUUUGUAACUAUAUAUGUACAUCACUUCCGUUCGAAUUAUCGAGAUUUCUCAAUUCAAUUCUUGAAAUAUCAGCUAAGGAGGAUCCAGUAUCUACAGAUAUUAAUCUACAAUUACAAGAAAUUAUUUUUUCAUUAAACCCUUACUUAAAAGCAUCUCUUACAAAAGAAACAAGUGACGAUGAGAGAAAUAAAGUACCAUUCCUAUUGUUACAAAUAGUGGAACAGUUUACAUAUAAAAUUAAUUUUGAAAAUUACAAUUCUACCAAGAUGUUUGAGGAUACUAAAAAAAUGAUUCAAAUAGAAAAUAUUCAAAGUUCUAUCAUUCCUGCAAUUGUACAAUUUGUCUUAUAUUUGGAAGAAUACACACAAGAAUAUGGAGAGACAUUAAAUGAAAUUUGUAUAGAACUAUGUGAAAAAGCUGGAAGUAUUGAUGGUACUGAAUUAGUAACAAAUAAACUAUAUAAAGUUAUACACGAGGAUACCAUAUCACAAAUUUACAAUGUCUUGAACUAUCACAUUAAACAGAAAUUAGAUAAUGCUUCAUGGUUAUUAUUGCGAUUAAAGGCAGAAGACAACAUAGUUCGAGUACCUAAAACAGUCAAUGAAGUUUGGAACAACAGUUUAAGGGAAAAAGAACGGAAUCUGUGUAAACAAUUAUCUUAUCUUGCUCAAGUACUUCAUACAUUAGCUAAUACAACAAUCAAACCAGGCCUAUGUACUGAUGUUACCUUCAGAAAUUUGCAAUACUUAUAUCAUUUGCUUGGAAAUCUUACAAAAUAUUUUUAUGUAAAAUCAAGUGGUCAAAAUGCGGCGUUCCAAGCGGUUAAAUUCAUUCAAGUGGUACAAUUGGCUGGUAAACCAUUAAAGUCUGCUUUUUAUAAUCUAGUAACAUAUGUUGAGGAAAAUCAGAACAAAUCACAAUCGAAAUCCGAUUCAUAUGCACAAAGGAAUAAAAUUUUGAAAGAAACGAAAAUAAUACCUCGGGUAGUAUAUGAGAUCGAGCAAUUUAACAAAGAAAUAUUGCUGCUUGGCAAAAGGACAGACGUACCAUUAGGAAAUUAUAUAAAACACAGUGUAACGAGAGAUUUUCGAAUCAAAAAUCCACAAUUGGUUGAAGGACUUGAAAAAAUGGAUAUUAGUUUGCUUGCUUCAUCAAAUCUAGAAAACGUUGAAAGCGAGAUCCAUACUUCGAACAUGGAUGAUUCUGAUAGUAACAGCUCUGGUACAUCUUCAAGAAAACGACUUAGGACAGAGGAUUGA